AUGGAAACGACAGUCUAUCAACCUAUCUAUCAGCCACAGGUGGUCCAACAACAAUCUAAUGUUGUUGUUGGCAACUAUGUAAAGCCACCAUUGCAGCAACAGCAACAGCAGCCACAACAGUAUCAAACAUACCAGCCACAACAAACUCAACAACAACAACAGACACAACAACAAUAUCAAACAUACCAGCCACAACAGACCCAACAACAACCUCAACAAACACAAAAUAAUAUGAUGCGUCCUGUCGAGUCUAAUGGAAUGCUAAUGAGUAAUAAUAAUAAUAAUAAUAAUGUUGGCGUGGCAGUUGUUGGAAUGGAUAAUGGUGGCUACGCGACAGCGUCAAACUACCAACAACAACAGGCAAACUCUGCAAAUGUAACACCACCCAUGGUCCAAGUGUCAGCUGGUCACUCCUACUCGCCCCAACAGCAGCAGGUACAGCAGCAGCCUGGAAUGGGUAUCCAACAACCACAACAAUAUAGUCCGCACUCCCCUGGCACACCAUCUGGUGUCGCGUCCGUGCCUGUCAACGGCUCAUCGCCAAACAGUAUAUACACAAUCAACACUGUUGGUCCCAGCAAUAACAACAACGCCAACAAUGUCAACAUUGUACCGAAUGUGGCGGAGGACUUUCUGGUCCUGCCGACUCAGCAGCAGCAGCAGCCGCAAGUGAUGGUCGAGCAACAGCAGCAACAGCAACACACACCCCGACAACAGUCGCAUAGUCCUAACAACGGCAACAAGACCUACAGCCCACUGCAACAACAACAGGCGGCGGGAAUGCACAACGACGUGCUGGGCAAGCUGGCCGACGACUUUAAGAACAGGGCCAAGCAGCUGGGCUUCACUCGUCAGGUGUUCUACCAUGGCAUUGUUACCUUGGUGCCGGGCAACCUGACACUGACCAAAUACGACAAGUUCAACUCGACCUAUGGCACAUACGGCCAUCUAUACGCCAUCGACCAGGCCAACCCCCUGCUGGCGGCAGUGAGCCACCUCGCGGACAUGCCCAACCUGCCUCUGCAGCCACUGUUUGGCGCCACGGUGGCGCCGGCCGAGUCCUACGAGAUGUACAUCGACUAUCUGCUACAACACUUUGCCAACAAUGGCUACUUCACGCCCGACGAGUACAAGCUGUGUCUGACGCGUGUUCAGCCAACCGCACAAGCUCGAAUCGUCCCAAAGAGCGGUCUGUCAUCACACCAUCCUGUCGCCGGACAGGCAGCAGCGUCAUCAUCUCCAUCACAAGUCCAGGUCCAUGCUGUUCCCCCACCUCACGCAGUUGCUCCAUCAUCUGAUCAACAACAUCUUCAAGUACCAUCGCAACAACAUGUAACAACCAACUACCAACAACAACAACAAUCAAUCAAUGUAAAUAGCCAACAACAGACACAACAACAACAACAACCAACACAGCCACUGAGGAAUAACAAUCAGUUCCAGACACAACAACCACAACAACUGCCACAACAACCGCCACAACAACAACAAUACCCAGUGAUACAGCCACUUGCACAGCCACAACAGUUCAACUACCAACAACCAAUCCAGACACAAUCACAACCAACUACCACUUACCAAACACAACAACAACCACUGAUGCAGCAGCCGCAGCAGCAACAGCAACAACAACCUCCACAACUACCACAACAACAACAACAACAAUUUGUAAAUACAACAGUGUUGACGAUGACACCUCUCCAAUCCUUGACCGGUAACCUGUAG